AUGACAGUCGCGUCGCGUCGCGCCUGGCUCGUCCUCUGGGAAGCGACCGUCGCAACGCUGAAGGCUAGCCGUCAAGCUUCAGCCCUUCGCCUCUCCGCUCUCACCUUCCGCCCCUCGCUCAUCGCCAUGUUCGCCCGCCUCGCCGUCGUCUCCACCCUCGUGUUCGCCGCCCUCGCUGUGGCGACCAAGUGCACCACUGGCCCGUCCAGUGCUGCGAGAGCCUGGAGAGCGAACUCGGCUGCCGGUUCUGCGAUCCUGGCAGCGAUCGGUGCGACGCUGCAGAACACGAACAUGGAGCUCGGGUUGAAGUGCUCGCCGAUCGACGUGGUUGCGGUGGGCUCGGGCAACGCUUGCACGACCAACACGGUGUGCUGCAAGAACAACAACAUCGGUGGUGGGGUGUCCGCUGGCUGUGUCCCGGUCACGCUCUAA